UGUUAUCUCAGUCUCUGAUAUAAAUAAUGAUCAGACCACAGUCAGGCUGACAGUUUUGAGACAGACACACAGCUCAAGAGAUCAUGGAUGCUGCAGUGCUGGAAAACAUUUUCUUACUAGUGUUGGUCACUCUUCUGAGCGUUGUUCAGAAUGCAUUUUUCGCCCUAAAGGUUGAGAAAGAGUGUACAGGCAGCAAUUCUAAGCAGCAUUCUGCUGCGUUUGAGCGCUUGUCUUGUGCCACGCGUAACUGCAUGGAUACCUACCCAACCUUCUUGGCAGUAAUGUGGUGUGCUGGUAUCUGUCUCAGUCAAGCUCCGGCUGCAUUCGCUGGUGUUAUUUACCUUGUGGUCCGACAGAAGUACUUUGUUGGCUACAUGGGGCAGACAUGCCAGAGCAUUCCUGGCUUCCUGUUUGGGAAACGUGUCCUCUUCUUCCUAUCACUCAUGUGUAUUGUGGGAAUCAUAAAUUACCUGCUCCUCUCCUACGCCGGCGAAGACUACAGAGACCCCAUACAGACCAUCAUGAAAGCAGCGUCAACCCUCCUGCUUCUGCCUUAAACUGUGUUCAGUGAUUGAAUAAUAAAGACUGGUGGUGUCAAUUA